UGAUAUUGUUUAAUUCUGAAAUAGUAGUCUAUAUAUUAAACAGGAAAAAAAUUAUAUGAAGGUCAUUCGAUGUUUAGUUACCAACGGCACUUGGCAAGACAAAGGCCUGACGUGUUCUGAAUAUUGGACUUGUUAUACAGACAGGAUACAACCCUGAGGCACUUUAUAGAUAGGAAGUGAACCGAUCCAUCCUGGAAAACAAGAGGUGGGUGGAGGUUCCGGUUCUCCGCGCGGGUUUGUUGUGGUUUACCUGUUUAUUUACCUGCCUCAGCCUACUUAUCCCCUGCCUUCACCACCCCCUGCCACACUGGGAACCAUUCAUCCACCUCCGCACACCAACUGGAGCGUGGCACCUUGUACAGAACCACCUCGGGGAGAAUAUUUUACCCCGAUACUCCCACCUGGGCACUUUUUUUUUUUACUCGAGUUGAUCCUCCCACCGGCCACCUCGUCCACCUCCACCCAGGACAUGUUUGACGCCUGAAGCUGCCCUCCACCGCCCCCUAAAGCACCAGGAUGGAGGAACCAAUGAUGGUGGACCAGGUGGAUGAGGGAGGCAACAGGGCGAGAGCCGGAGUGUGUGUGCUGCAGACCAAGACGCAUCCCAUCGUGGAGGACUACACCAUCUCCAGCAAUGUGCUCGGCCUUGGCAUCAACGGCAAGGUGGUGGAGUGCUUUAACAAGAAGGACAGCAGGAAAUACGCCCUCAAGGUGCUGAAAGACAGCCACAAAUCGAGGAGAGAGGUUGAUCUCCACUGCCGCGGCUCCACCUGUCCUCAUGUGGUGGCAAUAGUUGAUGUUUAUGAGAAUGUCUACAACAGUCAGAAAUGUUUGUUAGUAGUAAUGGAAUGCAUGGAAGGUGGGGAACUGUUUCAGCGAAUCCAGGACCGUGCUGAUGGUGCUUUCACUGAGCGAGAGGCAGCAUGCAUCAUGAGGGAGAUCUGUGUGGCAGUGCAGCACCUCCACUUACUCAACAUCGCUCACAGAGAUCUCAAGCCAGAAAAUUUGCUCUACACCACUAUGAAUGAUGAUGCCACAUUAAAGCUGACGGACUUUGGAUUUGCCAAGGAAACAUUUUCUAAGGAGUCGCUGCAAACUCCCUGUUACACACCCUACUAUGUUGCUCCUGAGGUGUUGGGCCCAGAAAAGUAUGACAAGAGCUGUGAUAUUUGGUCUCUAGGUGUCAUUAUGUACAUCUUGCUGUGUGGAUUCCCUCCAUUCUACAGUAAUCAUGGACAUGCAAUAUCUCCCGGCAUGAAGAAGCGAAUUCGUACGGGACAGUACACGUUUCCCAACCCAGAGUGGGCCAGCGUCAGCCAGGAAGCCAAGGAUCUCAUCAAGGGCAUGCUGCGCACUGACCCUGAGGAGCGCUUCACCAUCUUUGACAUCAUGAAGAACAAGUGGAUUGUUCAAUACACAGAGGUACCUCAGACCCCUCUGUACACUUCCAAGGUGCUGCGAGAGGAAGGAGACUUAUGGCAGGAGGUUCAGGAUGAGAUGACCCGUUCCCUGGCCACCAUGCGAGUUGACUACGACACAUUGCAGAUAAAAACUCUAGACCAUGCCAAUAAUUCUCUCCUCAGUAAACGACGUAAGAAGACAGACAAAUAGGUAAUGUUGAACGUGACUAGGUCUUGCAGCCUUUAGGGCAUGAGAACAUCUUUGCUGGACAAGAGUUCUGCUGGCACAGUGCCAUUAUAUUAUCAGCAAGAUGUCAUGUCUUGGCCAUAACUUUGCUAAAUGAAGAUAAAUAUUAUCUGUAAUACAGCAUCAGUGCACCUCUUAAAGUUUCAGGGGAGUGGCAUAAGUAUGGUCACAGAUUUCAUUGAAGCUUCCUAUGGUUCUUCUUGUCACUAUCAUUAGUUGUUGAAAUUCACCUUUGUCAUUCUCAGGUAUCAUGAAGAUCAGCAUUGUGUGGGAAGAAGCCAAUAGAAGGGAACUAGUAUUCUCAUGAUGGUAAUGUCUUGACUGGACAAUAUGCAAUGAAUUAUACUGUUAAAUUUUAUAACCAUUAAUGCUCCAUUAAGGUAUACUUUUACCGAAAGGAUUGAGAAUGGUAACAUUAAUUUUCCAUUUGUUGAUGCACAUUUGGGCAGUGAUGGUGCCCAAGAAUGUUGGGAGUGUACUGUAGUGUGUGAUGCCAAGGUAGGGAACAGUGUAUUGUUAAUACUGCCAUUUCAGAGUGAAAAUGUAGGUGUUUGCUUGUGCAUAUUUAUAAGAAAUAUGUAAGGAAUUAGUGUCAGCUCUGGAGACUUGAGAAAAUAGAGAACAGCAAAGAUUUCUAACUAAACAUAAGAGAUAAUCUUCUUAGUUACUUGUUAUUUUAUUUGUUAUUUUAAACAUCUUUUUACUUUUAUCAAUAAGUGACAUAUCUAUGAUGUUCUUUGAAUAUUAGUUAUUUACUCUAUAAUAUGUCACAAAAAGAGUCACAUGCAUGGUCCCACCAUGGACCAGGGAAAUGGGUUAUGUGAGAGAGAGAGAGAGAGAGAGAGAGAGAGAGAGAGAGAGAGAGAGAGAGAGAGAGAGAGAGAGAUACCUGUGUGGAUGUUCAUUAUGCCCAUAUACAUAUAUGAAGGUUGUAUGCAUGAGGAACUUUGAACAUAUUAGAGGUGAACGGAGAUGAAGUAAUUUGCAUUUCUAUCUACAAAUUUUGUGAAUUGGUGAAGAGAAUUAAGAUAUAUGUGGAAGCUACAGAAUAAAAGAUUUGUGUUUGUGAAGAAACCUUAGAUCAGAAUGUUAGUUGUAAUUCUUAUCUCUUUUCGUCUAGAUAUAGAAAGUGAACUAAUUUUAUUAAAUUGAAAGCACACAAAUAACUGCAGAGUUGUAACUUAGGUGCUUAGCUUAUAGAAAGUGAGAUUGACUUGGAAGUUCUAUUGAGUAAGCUGGGAGAAAGUACUAACAAUAAUGUAAUGUCUCGAUGUACAGUACUAUAGGCCACAAUUAUUUUGUAUAUUGUGAGAAGGGGAACAUUAGUAAUUGCUUCAUGGUUGAGUGAUGGCAUGCCACUGCCUGUUUUGCAUCUUGGCCCAGGUUACCACAUUGUUUGGUACACCCAUAUUUGGUCAUUUUUAUUCUUUAAUCACACUAUUAAAAUAGUUUUAUAAUUAGAACAAUGUUGAAAAAUGUUUUAAGCCGUCAUAAAAUUUAUUUUUACACUACUGCAUGAAUUACCAAAAAUUUCAAGGGGUGUGUGUGUGUGUGUGUGAAUAAAUGUGAUAGAUUCAUACUUGAAAAAAAAAAAAAAGAAAAAAAAAAUUCUAAUUAUGUAUUAGCCCUCUCAUGCACCACAGUGUGUAUAUAUAUUGAAGUAAUACACAAAAUAAUAAUCUGACUGUAUUUAUGGAAAACUAUUGAGUUUUAAGUUCUUUUUAUUCCCAUUGUUCAUAAUAUGCAUUUUUAAAGCUUUCUGUAACAAACCUGUUUUGUUGGUUAAAUUUGGAGAAAGUCAAAAUUCAUACAUCAUCGCUGGUGGCAUUGAGUUGCAGUGUUCAUGUGCAUCAUGUGUGGGAGCUCACAGAUGUGUGUCUGCAGAAUAUUUCCACGUGAUGUAAGUCCAUGGUUCUUAUGGAACCUCAGAGGAAUGGCAGUGGAGAAAUCUCACCAUCUUACUGAAAACGGACUUUGUUGUGGGUGGGUGGCUAUGGCUUUGCUUUUGAGAUGGUGUGGAUAUUGAGUGUCUCAACUCAAUCAGUCACUCAAUACCUGCUGUUGCCUAUAUAGCCACAUCAUAAGACCUUUAAUCAGGACUUGCUUGAGUCACAGCUGUCACAUCAUCAGCUGUCAUCUUGUGAGAUGGAUGUUUCUUUGAAUCCUAUCUGUCACUUUUGACUGAUGUUUAAACUAAGGAAAGCUAGAAUUUUUAUGUAGCAGAUGUGUCACUUUCAAUAUUAGGUAGCCAUUUUCAUUUUGGAAACGGCCUGUUUGAAUGGAUGCUUCUUAGCUGGUAUCAUAAGGGAGAUACUCUUUUGUGGCAGUGAAGAUGGGGCAUUCGUACUGAUGUGUGAGAGGGUUAAGAUUUUGUAUGAUGGUGCUCUCACUGCCUCUUGGUGGCAGCAAAUGGUGUGCUAUGAUUCUCUUUAACUCAGGUUUUGAAUGGAGGCUUGCUAGAUAUCCUGCCACAAUAAUGCACAAUAAUUCUGGUGAUAAUAUGCUAACUAUAAGGAUAAUUUGAAUGUAAUAUUACCUUGGGAUGGGAUUUUGAUUAAUUUAUACAGCAUGUUGCUUAAUUCCACAGCUUGAAAUUUGAAAGAUGAGAAGUUUUAUAUUUUUAUUGUAAAUAUACAUUGUCUUCACUGAACAGCUAUUUACAUAAGUAUAAUUUUGACGUCAGUUCACCGCAUGACCUGCAGGACCUGAAAUGGAGAACAUUAUACAUAAAUCCUUCCACCAAUAGAUUGCAUUGUGUUUUGCACUUUGUUAGGCAAACACAGACUCAUUACCACCUUGGCCACUAGAUUCAAUUCAUAAGGUUUUAUUUCACUGUAAUUAAAUUUCUCUCAUUGCCUAUCAACCUUAUGUACUUAACUGUGUGUGUGUGUGUGUGUGUGUAUGUGUGUGUGUGCACGCGCGCAUGUGUGUAGAGGACAGAGCUAUGUAUGUACGUAGUAUCCAUUCCUCAUUAUUCUUUCAAUAUAUUCCUACAGCUGUCAUAUACCAUAGGUGAACACUACUCAUCCUAAUUGGCUUGUCUUAAAAUCUUAUUCUUUUUGAUGUUUAAAAUCCUCUUGGUGUCUUGUGCAAAUUCUACUAAAUGUAAUACAAGACAAUUAGAGUCACAAUGUCUCAGUAUCCAUAUUUCAUUGUCAAUAAACUCUUUCUUUUCAUGCAAUAGGUAGACAAUUAUGUGAAGUGGAAGGGUAAGUAGGAACUCACCACUGUAGCUAAUGAUCUAUACUGUACUUCAUUUAACCUGUUUUGUACUUCUACAAUUACCACCACAUUUCAAAUGCUAUUGAACUUCCCAUGUAUAAUUUCUGAAGUUUUGGUACUAUUAUAAAAUAUAACCAAUUACUCAAUAAUGUAAACAGGAUUUAGGACUCCAUUAAAUAAUUUUUAAAGUAAGGACUGGCAUCUGAAAGUCCAUAAUGAAAAUUCUUGAUGUUGUUGUUUGGGGCAUUAUUAAUGGUGACACUAUGUGUACAUCUUUCACCAUUGCUGAUGCCAGUGUGGACAUCCCUCAACAUGUACUCAAAAGUAUUUACUCACAUUAAAUUCUACUUAUUACACACACACACACACACACACACACACACACACACACACACACACACACACACACACACACACAAAAGUUACUGUAAAAUGCAAGUCUGAAUAGCUGAUGGUGUUAGCACUGUCAUCAUGUCCCUUGCUACAUAUCUCAGAACGUUUUUUCCAAACCCUCCUUUAAUUUUUAUAUACAAAAGUGCCUGUAUGUACUCCUUAAUGAUGUGCUUGUUUUAUAUUCUUGACUAAAUAUGACGAGCAACACACAAGUAAUAUUUCAAAAUUACCCAAAGUGAAUCAUGACAGUAAGUGCCAUUUUGUUCUUGCAUUUAGUGCUCUCUCUCUCUCUCUCUCUCUCUCUCUCUCUCUCUCUCUCUCUCUCUCUCUCUCUCUCUCUCUCUCUCUCUCUCUCUCUCUCUCUCUCUCUCUCUCUCUUACCUACUUACAUAUAUAGAUAGCUAUUAGAUAGUUUUAAUUUUGCAACAAAAUUGAGUCUUCACCAUUGCCGGAAUGUUUAAUAGUGAAAUUUGAUGUGUAAGACUAUGAGGUCUAUCCUUUCUGCAAGAUGUGAUCAUAAAGUUCCUGGACUGUUUCUAGUGCAAACAAACUGGUAAUGAUCAUGCCUGUGGGACAGAAAAAUAUCAGUAAUUACAAUUAGUGAAGAUAGAGAUCGUGGCGGCACAGCAAGAGCAAUUGGUAAUUGUUCUGAGUCAGUGUGCCAUGUGUCAAUGCACUAUUGUCAUUGGGAUCUGUGUUGCACUUGUUUCUGUGACCAUGUUCACACACACUUGCAAUUUCAAUAUAGUCCUCAAACUUGAAUAGAAACCCUUGGAAAGAAAGAGCAAAAGUUUAGCAAUGAAGCAGUGGGUGAGUAAGGUGGAAAGAAUAAAGAAUAGCAGCUGUGCAUUAGUAUCAGCGGAAUUAGUGUGUAGUGGUGAGGAACUAUAGCAUUACCACUCAAAGCACUCCUGCUCCUUGUGGAGAUACAUGAGCUUGAUUUUAAAAUGACAAGGCAAAGCAAGCAUUGUGACAGCUUCCCUCGCUGAAGCAAGCAUCUUGAGUUUUGGAACUAAGCAUAUGUAAACAUAUAACUUAGUGACAUCAAAUUAAUACAGUAUACAUAUAUCUGUACUAUAGAUUACAUAUACAUAAUUAUAUCCACUUGUGAUCUGCAUCAUUUCUAGAGCUCAUUCGUAGCUCUAAAAGCAAUAAUGAUAAGAAAAUGAUAUAAUGAUGGUCUUAAUUAUAAUGACAAUAACAAUAGUAGUAGUAGUAGUAAUAAUAUAAUAAUAAUAAUAUUAAUAAUACACAAUAAUACAUAAUAGCAACUACUGUGAGUAGUUAAGAAUAUAAACUUGAGAAAAUUGCAUUUCAAGGAGCAUAAUUGGACUCCUUGAUCAUGACAACAGAGAAUCAUAUGACUAGUUAAUUAUAUACACAUCCCUUGAAUCCAUGCCCAAGCCACAGGUAAAAUUUUAUUUGAAGUAUUGCAAUGGUAAUGAUGGCAGGUGACCUGUACAGGUGUACUGGCAUGUGGAAUAAGAUUCAUCACUUCACAGGGAACCAUAGUGGUGUGAUGUUCAAGUUGUUUUUUCUUUUAAAAUGUGAAUUACAUAAGCUACGUAAUCAGUACAUAACAUAUUCAUCCUAAUAUAAUUUUUAAAUAAAAAUUUCAAUAAUAUAUUUACUUGGAUCGGUUGUGGCAGAAUUGAAGAGUUUUUGACUAAGUGAACACUUUGACAAGCAACAUGAUACUCCUCUCCAUGAAAUGUACUUAGUGUUCUCCCCUUCUGUAUACUCUAUAUGAUGGCAGCCACACAACUCAUGAGACAAGUGAAAAUACUCAUCCUGGUGUUGUACAUGGCAAUGUCUGUGACUCUAUUGAGUUUCUGCCACAAGAGGGGGUAAUUCAUAUCAAGACUUAGGUAAAUUAACAAGUCUAUGUAAUUAAACCUGAGUUGAAUGGUAAAAAAAGUAUCUCAAACUUAUCAAUGCCUUGCUCUCUUCUAAAAUUAAAUUGCUAGGUAGUUUGUCUUACAGACAAUGAAAACCAGUAAUCUUGAAUCUUCAUUUUUGUUUACCACACCCAAGGCCUUUCCUCACUGCCUCUAGAUGUACAAACAAAAACAGUACCUAUGAAUGGGUGUAUCAUCUACUUGUACUUUUCUGUAUUGUUUGUUUGUUUUGGUGUCACUUCAUCUUAAAAACAUGUAUGGUAUGGUAUCUCCAGGUGUUCAAUUGGGUCUUUGUGUCACCCAUGACUCCUUGUCAUCUUCCUGUCUCCUACUCUGUACAAUCACUCCAGCGUUUAUCUGUUUAAGUAAUUACACAUGUCCACUUUCCUUUGAACUGGAAAUAUAUAGAGAUACUGUACCACUUAUGCAUGUACGUAUGUAGGAAGUGUGUUACCUGAGAAGCAGAUUUCUAAACAAGGAAGCAAGUAUUGUCUUUUAGUAACAUGAUCACAAGACCAGAAGUUACUUAAUAAUAUAUAAUACAUGUGUACAUUAGAUUAUAAAGCAUUUACAAAAAAAUAUAGUAUACAUAUUCAAUGUGAUUUCUUGCAAUGACAUGGUUAUAUGAUAAUUAUGAUUCCUGUGUUCUGCUUUCUCUCAGGAGCCACUCUUUACAAAGGAAACAACUUCCAUGAACAGUUACAAAAAUAAUAACUUACCAUGAAAAUAUAAGAGAAACUAAAAAUUAAGUAAAUGGUUUUGUUCCUGUGUAUGUAUGUACAAUGCAUAAUCAAGUUGAAAAUGUAGUUGCAGUAGGGCAUUCCCAGCCAUGCUUUGCUUGACCAGUGGGUGUGAUACAUAAUUACUGUUAUCAACAAAGAGAUGCUGAGCGACACUAUUGAAGCAACCUGUUAACCUCAUGCUGUGUGUCAACUCUGCACUGUGAUGUGUAUGAGAUAGAUAAGAGAUUUCUGCUGCAUCUGUGCUAAAUUUCAUAUUCCUUGCUAUUUGAAAACUUAUGUAAUAGAUGCAAGUCCACUCAAAUAAUAAUUCAAGAUGUGUUGUGUUCAUUCCUUCUGAGAUACCUAUAUGUGGUGCAAUCCAAAAUUUCUAGAAUCCAUUACAUAAUAAAGCAAUACUGACUUUCA